UGGAUCAAGGUAAAUAGGCAGAAAUCCACAGAACAAACCUGGUCGGGCAAGGGACACUGGAGGGUUUAUUCACACAAAAAGCUUAUAGGAAUAUGGCAGCAACAUGCAGGGAGCGACAGGCAUUUUCAGGGUGAAACGUAGGUGCCCUCACUUUCACCAAACGGGUGGCAACAGGUGUUGGCACCCGUUUGCUGCUUUCCGCCUUUGGAGAGACUGCAUUGAUUAGUGUCACACUGUCUGUGAAGGUGGACACGCCUGUCUCCGUCAAGUUGUUUUAGUUCCUGUUAUGUGUGCGGCUGACUUUACCUCAAGUUCUUAAACCGUUUCUCCUCGAACAAAGCAUGAUCAUGAAAUAUUUUUGCCUUCUGCUUCUCUUUCACGUCACAUCUUCAGUGAAACAUUCCCUAAAAUAUUUGGUUACUGCAACCUCCGGAGUCCCAGGCUUUCCAGAGUACUUUGCUGCUGCUACAGUGGAUGAAGUUCAGGUGGGCUACUGUGACAGCAACAUCAAGACAGCCAAGACCAGACAAGACUGGGCGAAGAGACUGAUUGAAGAGGAUCCUAAACACCUGGAGUGGUAUUCUCAGCAGUGUCUUGAAGAGCAGCAUGUAUUAAGCGCAUACAUUGAGAACUUUAUCCAACGCUUAAACCUGACGCAAGGUACCUACAUUUUGCAGAGAAUGAGUGGCUGUGAGUGGGAUGAUGAGACUGGGGAAAUUAAAGGGUUUAAUCAGUAUGGGUUUAAUGGUGAGGACUUCUUAGCCGUGGACCUAAACACACUGACGUGGAUUGCUCCUAAAUCGCAAGCUGUCAUCAUAAAACUCAUAUGGGAUGAUGAUAAAGCUAGAUUAGAAUUUAAUAAAAACUACUACAACAACGAAUGUACUGCCUGGUUAAAGAAAUAUGUCCAGCAUGGGAGGAGCUUUUUGCAGAGGACAGAAAGCCCGUCUGUAUCUCUGCUCCAGAAGACUCCCUCCUCUGUGGUUACCUGCCACGCUACAGGUUUCUACCCUGACAGAGCUGAAAUAUUCUGGAGGAAAGACGGAAAGGAGAUUCAUGAGGGUGUGGAAAAAGGAGAGAUCCUCAUGAACAAUGAUGGAACCUUCCAGAUGAGUGCUGAACUCAACAUUUCAUCCAUCCAGCCUGAAGGCUGGAGGAGAUAUGACUGUGUGUUUCAGCUCUCUGGUGCUGAAGAUGACAUAAUAGUAACACUGGAUAAAUCCGUGAUCCAUACAAACUGGGCGUCUUCUCCAGAGAUUCCUUUUGCUGGAGGUGUUGCAGUAUUUCUUCUUCUGGGAGCUGCUGUAAUUGUUGCCGUCUUCUGGUGGAGUAAACGUAAUGGAUUCAAGCAAGUUGAUGGAGAAGAUUAAAGGAGAAUGUGUAACUGGUUGUAGAGUCAAUAAAUUCACACUUUCUCAAAUACAAAACAUGUCUGACUUCAAAUUUCUAACGGAAACAUAGAGGGCUAAUACUGCAUAAAAUAUUGUUGCUGUACUAUUAAGCUGAGUCUAGGAUCAGCUGGUU